CGCCCACACUCAAGAUGCUGAAAGGACGCAAGGGAGAUCUAGGUUUAAUUAACCUGGAGCUCUGUCUGUGUAGAAUGUCACACAAGAAGAUGCUGCAAUGCUCCAUGGGAGCUCUGCUUCUCCUCUUACCCUGGUUCGGUGGCCUGGUCCUGGGAGAGAUCGGAGAGGACUUCUCCCAGUGCCUUAAUUUCUUCUAUAAGGAAACUCCACCCACAGGUAUCGUAGGACAGGGGUACCAGCCAAUAUGCCAGCGCUACCAAAACCAGUACCGCUUUGCAACCCUGUAUCACCGCCAGCAUCGUUCACCUCUGUACUCUGCGUACAAACUCAGUGGGUCUGGCAACCGGCCUGAUCAGGCAUGGAUGUUUGAACCUCAGUUGGCGGAUUCCUGUGCCAGCUCAGAAAUGCAAAACUUCACGAAAUCUACCCUCGUGCACCAGAAUGUGAAGGAGAACCAGGCGGUGAAGGCGGACUACAAGAACUCCGGCUUCACCAAAGGCCACCUCAAUCCAAGCGGUCACCACGAGACAGAACAAGACCGCAGAGCCACCUUUACGCUGACUAACAUUGUCCCACAGCAUAAGACCUCCAACAACGGACUGUGGAAUGUUCUGGAGCAGGAGGUUUUAGAAAGCUUUGAGGACUUCUGCACUGGGACUAUGCAUGUGAUCACUGGAGUCAUGCCGUAUGAGUCUGAACCACAAUGGAUCAACAACAGGGUGUCUGUCCCUGAGUACAUGUGGUCGGCCUACUGCUGCCCAUCCUUCAAAUCCGACCUUCCCAAGUCCGAGCAGAGCUUUUUCCCCACGUAUGCCGCAGUGGGAAGGAAUGAUCCUAACAGUGGAGAUGAAGUUGUGCGAGUUAAUGCCAAGGCGAAACCCUCGGUGAAGGGCUACGAGGUGAAGCGCAUGUCCUUAAAGGAUCUGGAGAAGCGCCUGAGCCGGAGGCUGGGAAGAGCCAGGCAGUGUCAGGACUGAGGAACUAUCAGGAAGGGCCAUCUCAAUCCCAGCAUGCAUCACAAGACAAUUGAAGCCUAUGAGGCCAACUCUCCAGUGAGAAGACAUUGCCCCCCCCAUCCCCAAUCAGUCUGUUUAAACAGCACUGAGUAAUAAAGGGUGAGACGCUCUAGUUAACAUAGCUGCACACAGUUCCUCUUUCAUAGGCUUGAUAUGUGUUAUUAGUAAAGUGUCAAGUCAGACGCCUUCACCAUUUAUCUACUAAGUAAAUGUUAAAUGUUGUCUUGUCAAGUGAUGGUUGGAAGUUAAUGUGAUCUUGAAGUAUUCUCUAACCCCAUGAUUUUCCAAU